AUGCGCUUCUCGCUCGUUGCCACACUCGUUACUGUCCUGGUUGACUCAUCCUCUGCAUUCGCCAUCCCGUGGAAGGCUUCCCCAAAGCAGCCUCGCCACGACCCGUUUAUUGGUAAACGGGCCGCCAACGAGACGCUCGACGGCUAUGACUACGUCGUCGUCGGCUCCGGCCCCGGCGGUGGUCCGGUGGCCGCCAACCUCGCCAUCGCCGGCUUCAAGGUGUUGUUGAUCGAUGCCGGAGGAGACUCGGGCGAUUCCUGGACCGAGAAGGUCCCGGCCCUCCAUCUCAUGUCGACCGAGUUCCAAGACACGAGGUGGAACUACUUUGUCAACCACUACCCUGACCCUGAGCAGCAGAAGAGAGACUCCAAGAUGACGUACGAGAUGCCGGACGGCAGCUUCUACGUCGGACUGGACCCCCCGGCCGAGGCGAAGCCCCUCGGCGUCUGGUACCCGCGCGCCGGCACCCUGGGCGGCUGCUCCCGCCACAACGCCCUCAUCUCCGUCAACGCCCACGACAGCGACUGA